CUCCUAGACGCAAGUGUGCUGUGGGCUUAGCAGUGCCGGUGGCUUGGCUUCUUGGAGGGACCCAGUGGGCUGGGCUCUGCUGUGCCAGAUGCUCCAUGGCCCUGAGUGACACUGCAGUUACGGUGUCGUUGCUCCCAUUCUGGUGUUCUGCUCUUGAAAACCGUCUGUGUGGAGAACUUUUGGCCCCAGAUCAGAAAAAAUAACAUCUGGAAGAGGACCAAGGACCCUCAGUAAGACAUCCAUCACUGCUCUACUAAAGCUGAAAAUGGACAUAUUACCCUGAAUCCAUUCGACUGUGGUAAGAAGAAAAGCUACAGUAGGAAAUUCUGCAUCAGAAGCACCAGCUCAGCAGCGCAAUGUCAGGAGAGGGCAAAGGUGGCCCUGAAGGCACCUCAUGCCGCAUAGACUCUGAGUUUCGCUACACCCUCUUCACUGUUUUCUAUAGCAUCAUUUUCAUUCUAGGCUUUGUCGCCAACUGCUAUGUGCUCUGGAUUUUCAGCCGUAUUUACCCCACCAAGAAACUCAAUGAAAUCAAGAUAUUCAUGGUGAACUUAACAGUAGCUGACCUGCUCUUCUUGAUUACAAUGCCCCUGUGGAUUGUUUACUAUCACCACCAUGGAGACUGGAUCAUGCCUGGGUUCCUCUGUAGCGUGGCUGGCUGCUUGUUCUUCGUUAAUACCUACUCUUCUGUUGCCUUCUUGAUGGUCAUUACAUAUAACCGUUACCAAGCUGUGACUAACCCCAUUAAGGCUGCUCAGUUCACCACCCAGAGAAGGGGUAUCUACUUGUCAGCAGCUAUCUGGAUCAUAACAGUGGGCAGCUCUUUGUAUUAUCUUUUUGAUGAUAAUACUAAUAAGGAGGAAAUUGGCUCAAUGAAUUUCACCCGGUGCUUUGAGCGCUAUGGUAACUCCAAUAGCAGUGUUCCAGCUGUUCUCGCUAUUCAUGUGAUCAUCUGCAUCCUUUUCUAUAUCAUUUUCCUAUUUAUCUUAGGAUGGAACAUUGUCAUUAUCAGGACCCUCUUCUCUAAGUCAAUGCAGGAGCGGAAGAGUGCUCAUGUCAAGCAAAGGGCGCUCUGGAUGGUUUGCACGGUGCUGGCUGUGUUCAUCAUAAGCUUUGUACCUCAUCACAUUGUGGACCUGCCCUGGACCCUCACUGUUCUGGAACAGUGGCAGAAGGACAAUUGUCUGUUGCGCCAACAGCUCAACGAUGCUCACCAGGUGACUUUGUGCCUGUUGAGCAUGAACUGUGUAUUGGACCCAGUCAUCUACUGCUUCCUCACCAAAAAGUUCCAGAAGCACCUUUCAGAAAACCUCAAAAGCAUGAAAGGUAGUCGCAAGUGCUCCAGGCAAACCACGGACACAAUGAUUGACGCCAUUCACCAGGAGGAUGCCAUCAGGAUCUAGUGCAGUCCUGUUCUGAUUGCAGAGACUGAGAUAUAUGAAUCAGUCACCUGUCUUUCUCAAGAGGAUGCAGAGAGGAAUGCAACAGAGGACCAAGAUCUUACGUUUCCUUUUUUCCAUUAGACAGACGAAUGAACACUCAUUGCUUCUAUCAGAUGCAAUUGGCAGACCUGGAACCUGUAAUGGGCUGGCACAAAAGUACCUUCUCUCUUGGCUGGUGUUUCAUGAGCACGGAGAACAGCUCAGACAAUCUGCUUUUGUGAAAGAAAUCUGCCAUUGUCUUCUCCCAGUGAAUGGCUAGAAGCUGAACGCACUGAAAAUAUCCAUUGUGUAAGCCUAGGUAGGACUGUCUCUGGUCCUUUGCCGGCCCAGCUCCCAUGAGGAAUCCAAUCUCAGAGCUGUAAGAGACUCCUAAAAGACCUGGGAAAACAGACCCAGCUGCUAAAAGAUCUGGGAGAACAGACCAACCUGCUAACAUCAAGUUACUUUUCUGAGCAGCUUGUAUGGUUCUGUGAGGAGAGUCUGAGCUGAAUAAUUGUUCGAAUGGCUAGAAGGUACCUAGUCCAAGGAGUUCCUCAUGGUGCCAUCCUGAUGGCAUCUCUGACUCCUUAUCUGUUUGUGUGCCCUGCUGGGCUCCAUACUUGACAGAUACCUGGAAACAGCUAUUAUGAAAUUUUGCCUUGGAUCUCAGCUCUUGAAUCAGCCAAGUAAGUGGAUUAGGAGGCAAGAAAAAGAAGAGAAAUUGGCAGUGCCUGGAGAAGUUCUGCCACAGCCCCUAUCUCCAAAUAAGCAUUAUGUCUGAAGGGGACUAUUGUCUGCCCUGACUUCCUGAAUGAUGGCAGAAAGGGCAGACAAGUGACGUCCUGCUCUCAGAAAUUCAGCUCAGAAAAUUCAGAAAAUUUUGGCUGACUGCCUGUGUCCAUGUAGAUUCAAUCUCACUUUGCAGUCUCCACAUAAUGGGACUGUUGUCCACAUGGGCAUUAAGCAGAAAUAAGUUUAAAAUGCUUCAGUAUCUUUCCUCUUACUUAUUUAAAUUCAGGUUAUAAAAAGCAUCUAUACAAUCUCCUUCCCCCAGCCAUUUUAUUUCUGCUAUGAAGAAAUUAAGCUGACUAGUUCUUGAUAUCCUACCACAAAUGAAGUAUUAGCUUGUGGGCCAGUCCUGGCCACUUUCUAAAUCAGUGCUGCCACAGUGAUACAGUACAAGAUGCAGAUGUGUAAUUCACGCAUUCAAAUAAGAGUUGGGACUCCUCGCUCAGGGCUGGUUGCAGUCAGUAGGGGCCCAGGGCAAAGUGGUUUUCCAGGGGUGCUGACUUUUGUACAAAUCAUGAGACACUUGAGGUUCCUUUUCUGACCCAAUUGCUCAAUGCAGCAGAGGAAAUAGGGCAGAGAAGGGAACUUUCUUGUUUUUACAAUGAUUUUUGGUUCCUCAAACUACAUAUGAGAGUCUGAUUGAUGACAGGAAAAGCACAGCUGCUAUGGUGACACUCAUUAUUUAUGUGCAUGAACAGCAGCCUUCCUACACCAGCCAGCAGAGAAUUUGGAAGAUAAGCUUUCCAAAGACAGGAUCAAUAUUAGUAUCAGACUUUGCCAAUGUUCAGUGGAGACGGAGGUCCUUCAGCUGUAUCCCCUGAAGAUCCUUUUAUGCUUGGGUGUGUGAAGAGGCAAAAGAAUUAAGGCAUUUCUUUUUCUAAUGCCAUGUGCCAGGGUCAGCCAAGCACUCCAGGCCCAGUGCCAGGCAGAAGAAAGAGUUUGAUCAUAAUGAGAAUGCAUUUGCCUCCUUGUCCUCAACUCUGCUCCUGUAAUGGCCACCCAUAAAGCCCAUCUGAAGGAAUCUCCUAGCAGAGAGAGAUUUCCCUGACUAUGUGGAACAGGCACUGCACAGUCAUGCUCAAAGUUCUGUCCUGAAUCUGCAGGCAUCUGAACCACAGUGCACAGCAAAGUUGGUGAUUUCUAUAACUUAAAAGCCUGGAGCCCACUUGCUGGAGGAAUUUGCUUUUGCAAGCAGAGCAGCUCUUGCAGCUGGCAGGCAGGGUGGAAUUGUUCUCUUUUCCCCUCACCAUCCGGGGCAACAGCAGAGCUCUCUGGCUUCACAGCACUUUAUGGUUGGAGUCUGGCCGCUCUUAGAGGAAAUGGAAAGGGAUUAUUUUAUGUGGAGAUUUGAUGGUUUUCUUCUACUUAUUCCUGUAAAGCUUGCAACAGAGCUUACAGUUCAGGCUAUUCAUUGUGGGUAAAUAACGUGCUUUACUUCACAAAAAGCAGUGCUUUACUUCACAACAGUGUGGACUCAGAGAACAAACGUGAACUUCUUGCAUCUAAAGGAAAGAGUAAACGGAGGAAAAGCCCCUGAGGAUACUUCAGGAGGAUAUAUUGAAGUAAUUAAGUUAGCAACAACAUAUUUUUAAAAAACAACCCUGAGCUUCUACUUCUGUUCCUGGAAUGACUCUUCCAGUUUUACAGAGGAAGCAGUAUUAAACUGCUUUACUUUGCAGUAAGACAGAUCCUCAAAAGUUGUUUUAAAUAAACUUUGCUCCCAAAUGUUUUGCCCUUUAUGCUCACUCGUCUUCUCAUCUUUUUUUUAAUUUACAGUUAAGUGAAAUGAUGACAAAGCUUGUUUGAUGGUAUAUUUCACUUCCUUUUGAUCUUGGUUUGUUGGGUUUUUUUUGUUUGCUUGUUUUUAAUUACCAAGUAAAACAGCAGGGGCAGGCAAAAUUAAAGGCUCAAGCAAGUUUUGACCCACUCAAGGGGAAGGAGAAAGAAAAAAUUUCUCACAGGAAACAACUUAUGAAACACUUGAGUGCUCCACAAACCAGCCAGAUGAACAAAAACCAAACUCUCUGACCUGCAGACUGGGAAAUUUGCCAUAAAAGACAAACACCUUAUCACACGGUCUUGACGUUCAGGCUGAAAGAAGACACAAGCACCUCAAAUAAGUUUUAUUACAACACAUUCAAUAGUAAGACAAAACAGAGAAAAGGGAGGGGCGGGAAAGGGACAGCAGGGGACAGACAGAGCAUCUCAUGACUCCUGGUCAGUGAACAGCGGCCAUUUCGACCUCAUUCACUCGCAGCCACGCAGUGUUUGGCACCUGCAGUGAAGUUUACCUAAAUCGCCUAGUUCUACACCA